UGCUGUACUGGGAGAAGAGUUGGUGGGAAGGGUUGGUGCUGGGGAGGGGAAGGUUGGUGAAGGGGGGAGAGGAGGGGAGGGCCGGGGUGAUGGGGAAGUGGGGGGCGGAUGCAAGGGGGGCGUGGAAAACGGGGAGAUGGGGUUUGGAAAGGUGCAUGGGGAGAGAGGCAGUGACGGGGGAAAGGGAAGGGAGGAGCGGGGAGGGAGGGAAGGGAGGCAAGAAGGGGGAGGGAGAGAAGCGAAGGUAGGGCGGGAAGGAAAGGAAGGGAAGGAGGGGACGCGAGAGUUGGAAGGGCGGGGAGUUGAGCCGGGCCGGCAAUUGCUGCAGGGAAAGGCGGGGGAUUCGGAAGCGGAUGAGAAGGAGGAAGCGGAUAAGGAGGUGGAGGAGAAAGAAAAGGAGGUGGAGGCGAUGCUGCUGGGACUGCAGCAGGGGCGAGUGCAAUGGGAGACACGGGAGGGGGCGAAGGAGGGGGAGGAGGAUGGCAAGGCGGAGGGCGAGGGGCAGGGUGAGGGGGGUGCACGGCUGGGUAACAUGGAGGAGGGUAGAGGAGCGAAUGAGGAGCAUGCAGGGGGUGGGAGUCCGAUAGGUGGUGUGGUAGUCUCGACUGUCUCGGAUGGGACAGAUAAGGCGAGGGAGAAAGCACAGGAGACCAUUCCGGAAGAUGUGCGGGAUGGUGCGGUGCUUGGGCAGAAUGGGGAGAUGGAUGGGAAAGGGAAUGGGGAGGUUUUUGUGGGUGGAGGGUGUGGUGGUGGGGUUGUGUAUGGGAGCGGCAGCAGACAGAGUCACGGCAGUUCUAGAGGAGGAGGAGAAGGAGGAGGAGGAGGAGGAGGUACCCGGUUGUUUGAUGGCGGUGGACGAGAUAAGAGCCACCCUGGUGGGAGAGUUGGGGAUGGGAGAGUUGGGGAUGGGGAGAAGAUCGGGAGGGGUGAGGAGAAUCGUGCGGGAGAAAGCGAAGGUGAUGUGUUGAUGAUGGAAGGCCGGGGGCGGGAUUUCAAGUCGGGGGGGUACAGCAAGAGGAAGAGGGCCGGUUGCGCGGAUGCGGUGGUGCCAUUCGAGACGCCACAGCUUGCGAGCAGGGUGGGAACGGAUGGGAAGGUUGCUGGCACGGGCACGAUCAAUGGAGUGGAGAAGAAUGAGGCGAGAGUAGUGAGGGGAGGGAGUGGGAACGAGAAUGGCGUGGGUGGUGCCGGUUUUGGAAGAGGAGGAAGGGAAGGCGAGCGUGGGGAGCUGUGUGGGGAGCUGUGUGGGGAGGGUGGGGAAGUCGGGGGUCGAGAAGAGGCUGUUGGUGGUGCUGGUGAGGUGGAGGGGUUUGUGAGGGAUGAUGAGCAUUGUAGGGCAGAAUUUGAUCGCAGCGGUGUGAUGAAGAUUCACCGUUCGAGACUGACUGACGAAUCGAACCCGGGUUCAGAAGCCAUCAUGGCAGGCUGCGAGGGGCCCAGACAUCGCCGCCGAAGCCGCAAAUCGUGGCAGAACACCCACCACCUCGUCAAUCAGGCCGUCUCAAGCGCAAACGCUCCACCUGCCGUGCCAUCCGCCGGAUCUUCCGCCCUGAGCUGCACGCUUUCGUCCGCCAAUCACAAACCUGCAGCGCCUCCGUCAAUGGCAUCGCCACUCGGGUUCUCCGCCUCUGCCUCCGCCUCUGCCUCCUCCGUCACUUCCUCCGCUCCUGCCUGCUCGUCCUGCUCCACUGCAACGCUUCCUGCUCUCGUUUGCUCCUCCUCUGCCGCCUCGCCUCCCUCUUCCUCCGCAUCCGCUCCUCCCGCAGCCGGCGCAAGCGCAAGCGCAGGCUCCGUAGCGUCUGGCGCAGCGACCUGGUCCAGCUCCGCAUCGCCGUACAUCCAAGCGAAGCACUAUCAG